CUAGAGGAGUUUUCUCCCACUCUAAGGUCCAACUUUCCCACUUAUUCAUGAACGCAUUAAAAAUUAAAGCAUUACAAAACGGCAACGCGCUUCCCAUAGCAUGUGUAUUAAAAUGGUAUCGAUUAUGUAGUUAUUACACAGAGCCUCCCGAGAAACAGGCCUAGAAUGAAACCCAAUUAUAAACCCCCUUGCAAACAGAAAUAUGACGUUCGGCGUUAGCACAGGGCUACAACAAAAGACAGCUGUGUAGAUGAUUACGGUAAUUUCAAUUGGUGAAAUACGGGAAGCGCUCUCCUUUCUGUUUGUUUUCCACCGGGCUGUUUCCUGAAAGUCGACCACUGGUCAGAUGGUAUUUCACAUUUUCUUGUGUACUUAGACGCCUGGGUGGAUCAUAUACAUGAGAAUUUGAGGGCGUCGACGACACGCCGAAUUUCAUAUCGUGUGACAUGAGCAACGAGUGCAAUGAGUCAGUGCCGCUGAACGUACCAAUCUCUGUUCGGAGACUUAGCAAGGGUGCUAAUUUUAAACACCGUCUUGAGUGAAAUGUUUUGAGGCGUCAUACUCCAAAUUGUAAAUCGUACUAGGCCUACUGUAAAGGAAAACAACCUUCUAGGAUGACUUUAUCCUUGGGCGAUGGCGAUCCUUUAAAUGAUGGCAAGACAUCCGAAGAAAUGCAUGACAGCUACUGCAUUGUUUGUAUGGACAAUAUUCAGAAUAAGAAAACUUUGAAAUGUUCUCAUUCCUUUUGUUCAAGUUGCAUAGACGAUGUCUUCAGAGUGAAACCUGCGUGUCCGGUGUGUAAUACGUUUUAUGGGACUUAUUACGGUACUCAGCCUCGGGAUGGAGUCAUGAAAGUGACCCGCAUUUGGCAAGCUCUACCUGGGUAUGAGAGCAGUGGAACUAUUGUUAUCGACUACCAUUUUCCACCAGGGAUCCAAGGGCCUGAACAUCAAAACCCUGGCAAACGUUACUCGAGCACGUCCAGACGGGCUUUUCUUCCGGCCUGUGAGGAGGGUGAGCGGGUACUCCAGCUCCUGACGACUGCAUUUAAGCGCAGGCUCAUCUUCACCAUAGGAACCUCUUCCACCACCGGGCUCUCCAAUGUCAUCACCUGGAACGACAUUCACCACAAGACCAACUUGGGUGGAGGUCCUGCGCUCUUUGGAUACCCAGAUCCAGGUUACCUCAGACGGGUUCAGGAGGAGCUGUACCUGAAGGGAGUCACCGUAGCGAUCCUGGAGCACUCACCCAUGGAGAGCCCAGUGUGAGAGGCCUUCAGUUGCCUGCCUACCAGAGCCCUAAUCAGUCAGGGUCGAAGCUAUAUCUCAGUAACAGCCAAUUGUAUCAUAGGACUUUAAAAGUAAAGGAAUGGAAUGUACUUGGAUGAUCACAUGUGAAUCAGUGAAUGAGAGACAGAUGUGCCUUUUUUCACAUGAAUUGCUGUAGCGCAGCGUUGUCCAUCACUCAGUCUUGUUCCUAAUGUGUUACGAGUCGUAAAACGUUCCAUGUGUUAGCGGCCUUCAUGAGGAAAUAAAUAUGAUUAUCCCUUAA